UCAAGUUGGGGAUGUUCGUGUCUAAGAGUCUGUGUUCAUCAGAAAAUUCAGAAAAAAAAGCAGCAUCAUGGUUGAGUGGACAGAUUUCGAGCGCACUACCAUCCAGAACAUCUUUUCCAAGAUCGAUCAUAGUGCAGUCGGUCACCAGGCACUGACAAGAUGUUUGGUGGUGUAUCCAUGGACCCAGAGGUAUUUCGCUAAAUUUGGAAACUUGUACAACGCCGCUGCGAUCAUGGGAAAUCCCAAUGUUGCUGCACACGGCUUGACGGUGAUGCGUGGUCUGGAGAACGCAGUGAAGAACCUGGACAACAUUAAAGCCACUUUCUCCGAGUUGAGUGUGCUGCACUCUGAAAAACUGCACGUGGAUCCUGAUAACUUCAGGCUGCUGGCUGACUGCAUUACCAUUGUAGUUGGCGCUACUCUGGGUAGCAGCUUCACUGCUGAAGUGCAGGCAGCUCUGCAUAAGUUCCUGGCGGUCAUCGUCUCCGCACUCGUCCAACAGUACCAUUAAAUACUGGAACUACUCCAUACAUGUGAACAAAUAAAUGUGUAAAUUAUAAAA